CCGGAGCCGGAUCGGGGCGGGGGUCGCGCCCGGAGCGGAUCCGCGGCGCUCCGGGUGCCCCGGGCUCUGAAACACUGAGGAAAGAAAAAAAUUAAAAAAAAAUAAAAUCCAAGAUCCCCCCGCAACCCAGAAGUAAAACACGUGAAUAAAGACUCAUUGGGACGGGCCGCAGACCCCUUUCCCCAGGCGGCAGGUCGGGGGCCGGGCCGGCCCGGGCCGCGCUGGCCGCCCGCCCGCGCGGGGCCCUGAUAAAGCUAUUUUGGAAGUGACCCCUCGGGCGGCCGGAGCGCGGGGCGGGCGCAGCGAGCCGGCGCAGCUGUCCGGAAUCAUGACUGAAGAUGACGGAUUCCGUGGUGGUGGAGGGUCACGUCAAGUUGAGAGACGGAAAAAAGGUCCCCGCUCCCGGCGCCCCUUCGGCCCGCGGGGGUCCCCUUGUCCCGAGGGGAGAGAGCCCGCUCUCCCCCGCGCGGCCCCGGCUAACCCUGUCCCUUUGCCUCUCGUUGCAGUGGAAGAGCAGGUGGCUGGUGCUGCGCAAGCCCUCCCCGGUGGCAGACUGUUUGCUCAUGCUGGUGUACAAGGAUAAAUCUGAACGAGCAAAAGGGCAUAAGGAGAGGAGCAGCAUGACCUUAGAAGACAUCUGUGGCUUGGAUCCUGGGCUCCCCUAUGAGGGCCUGAAUCACACGCUCGCAAUCAUCUGUCUGUCCCAAGUUGUGAUGCUGGGAUUUGAGAACAAGGAAACCAUGUACGCGUGGGAUGUGCGAAUACGCUACAGUUUGGGGGAAGUUCAUAGAUUUCAAGUCUUUGUAGCCCCUGGCACAAAGCUAGAGAGUGGGCCUGCUACCCUGCAUUUCUGCAAUGACAUCCUUGUCCUGGUGAAAGAUGUUCCUCCCAGUGUCAUGGGGCAGUGGAAGCUCUCGGAUCUGCGUCGCUACGGGGCUGUCCCGAACGGAUUCAUCUUUGAAGGGGGCACCAGGUGCGGCUUCUGGGCUGGUGUUUUUUUCCUCUCUUGUGCUGAAGGGGAGCAGAUCAGCUUUCUGUUUGACUGCAUCGUCCGCGGCAUCUCCCCGACCAAGGGCCCCUUUGGUCUGCGUCCAGUGCUCCCAGAUCCAAGUACAAACCCAGCCUAUUCAGAAGAAAGAUUGGCUCAUGAAGCUUUGCAAUUAGAAAAGCGCUUGAGCUUGCUGUCCCAUACAAGUCGCCAAGGUAGUGGAGGAGAUGAUAGGAGUAUUUCAAGCUCGUCUUCGGAUACCAGCCACUCGGAUGUGAGCGUUGGGAGCAGGCUGACAGUGUGGCCUGAGCAAUCUUCAGCCAGCACCUCUCAGGAGAGCCAUGGGCUGGCAGCUGCGAAGGGCAUUCACCUGGGAGAAGAGAAGAACCUUCCAGAAGGGGCACGUGGCACCACUAAACCCCCUCCAAAGCCCCUCCGAUCCAGACAGCUGCAGGAAAUAGGUCGCCAGAGCUCUUCUGACAGUGGAAUAGCUACUGGCAGUCACUCCUCCUACUCUGGGAGCUUUUCUUCCUAUGCUGGGAGCUUAGACAUUUGCCAUGGUGAUGAGUUUGGAUCAUUGCUAAGCUUGCCGUUGAACUUUCCUUCAGAUCAGAGUCUAUGUACUUGCCCUCACAGUGAGUCCCAGAGAGGUGUGGGAUCAGAGUAUCAGGUUCCCAGCUCUCUCAGACACGUUUAUGAUAUACCCAGGAGUGUGUUACAGGCAGCUCCUAAAGAAGUGCAGCUGAAGAGUGCAGAUUCCACGCUACCCAAGGACCAGGCCCUGCCAGCUCAAGGUGCCAGUGACCCAAGACUGCUACUACCACACUUGGAAGCACGGAGGGGACCUGAGCACAGCCAGCACAGAGGGAGGCCUUCAUCCUUACUCACAGAAAGCAGCAAGGACUCAAGUGAUGAAACAUAUGUGGAUUUUGUUUCAAGGUGGUCAGACACAAAACCACAGGGACAGGUGUCAGACUCCAAAAGUAGUGAGCUGUCACCACCUGGUGGGGCCUCAGCUGACCCCUGUGACACAUGUAGCCCCCACCUUGGGAUGACAAGAGCUCUUUUUUCAUCUUGUCCAAUCUGUGGUGGACUAAAGGUAAAUACCUAACACUGAGCGGAUGCUAACGAACCUUAGUUAAUAGAGCAUGAUCAAUUUAAAGUUACCUAAGUUGUAGGUCAUAAGUAAUAUUGUUUCCUUUAUACUCUGCACAGGUAAUAACUUUUUCUGUUGUUUAUGCUGGAAUGGAGAGGCUUAGUACAUGAUUUCUUCAAAAUCUGUGCCUAGUCAAGGAAACACUGAACAAUACAGACCACAACCAGUACUUUUAAAUCGGCCAGUUUUGGCUUUGGGUACAUUAAAGUGAAAGAGGAAAGUUUUGCAGCCACUUGAUUUCUCAUAUAAUGGCAAGCAAGCAUGAAAGACACUGAUCUGUCUUGCUGUGGGUAUUUACAAAGAAGGAAGGGAGGAUAAAUAGUAUAUGCUGCUCUUAAGGAGAUCUGAGUGCAUACUUUUAUUUUAUUGAUGUUUUUGUUUUCUUUGUCACUGUAGUUUGAACAUACCUUGCACAAGAAGCCAGGUUAGACCUGUUUCUCACUGAGGAAACACAAAAUAGUCAAGUCAGCAUGGCAGUCUGGUUCUGUGACUGGCCAGUGACAGGUACUUCAGAGCAGGUACAUAAAAUUCCACUAGCAGUCUACAAACAGGACUGUUUAUUUGCAGAAAAAUUUAUUUUUGACCACUGGUCACGUAAAGACUUAAACCUAAACUGUGGGGGUUCACUUGCCUUUCCAAACACAUUUGCCAGUUCUUGUCUUUUUACGGGAGUAAGCUUUAUACAUUAAUUAUAUAUUGUAUGAAAUGUAUCUGAUUUUAUCCAUGCUGGAGAAGAUUUUUUUUUUUUGGUGAAUGUGUUUGCUAAACUUGAAGAAGGUAAAGCUGCUUGUAUUAGUGAGCUUGUGACAGGCUGGGAAGGUUAGAGGGAGUGCUUAAUUUAGGGAAUGUGUGAAGCAAGGAUUCAGCAAGAGAGACUUGUGCAUGAAGAAUUAAACACUGCCAUUGAAGUGUGUGCAUUUAAUUAAAUAUGAGAUUACAUAAACCACUGCUAUGAAAAGGGCUUGAAUGCCCUUUUCAUGAUGAAAGAAAAAUUAAAAGGUUAUGAAUUUGAGGGAUUUUCUUCUCAUGAGGUGUUUCAUGCAUUUGCAUUGAGUGCCUUCAUGUGUUUGGUAACAUGGUAAGCUCUGUCUGCAUGGGCCACUUGCACAGCCCCAUCAGAGCACCUUGGAUGUUACUGUGCCAUGUGCCUGCAGCACUUGGCAGGUAGGGAGGCACUUGUGGGACAUGUUUUCUGAGGCUGUGGUCAGUAGGAUCAGUGAUCUUCCAAGGCCAUCCUUGCCAGCCACCUGCACCACGAGCCCUCUAGCCCAGUUCUGGAAGCUUGGCUGCAGGCAGUGGGGUGCACAGCCAACAUCUGCUGUUGGCCUCCUGUGGCUGCUCCCUGUAGUCAGGGAGAAUUUAGGAAAAAUGGCCAGGAUUGAUUUCUGGAAGGGCUCUGCUUUGGGAUUAGAAAGCUUAAAAGUGGCUUUGUUAUAGACAGGGAGGAAAGAAGUAAUUCAGCUACAAUUAGCUCAUGUGGUCUAAAUGUUUCUGCGUGAUCCGAAUUGUCGGUUUAGAUGUGAAUUUGUCAGAUCUUACUCUGGCUAUCUGUGGAAGAUGGGAAGCUGAAAGUGAGUGUUCCAUUGGAUAUCUUCAAAAUCAUUAAAAGCUAAAUUAUGUCACUACAACUGCCUGUUGGCCCCAGUGACAUAAAUACCCACAUCUUUUAUUACAAAGUGCUGUCAAGUUUAAUGGUGUUUCUAGCUGCCCUAAUAAGUUGGCAAGAAUUGUCUAUACUUAAACAAAUUUAGUGAUAAACACUGGUGCAACAUCUUACUGACUUUUGUUUUAGCAUGAGAUAUGCACAUCUGCUUUUUUUUUAAGAACCCAUUUAUAUGCAGUCACAAAAGAAGUCUCAUUAAAUGGAAUGAUUCAUGGGUUUGUUUUUACUUUUGAAAGAAAAAAUAACCCUUUGAUGCACUCUCUUGAACUGUCACAAAUGAGUUAUUUUAGCAGUAUUUGAUGGACACUGUCUUUGUUUCUCCUGACGAGUUCAGUGAAAGCACAAAUCCACAGACUGUAACUAAAAAAUAAUUAUUACUGCAUGUACUUUGAACAGAAUAUAUUUAAGUUAGGGCCAGGAAGAGCUGAUUUAUGGAUUGAUGAGAACACCAGGUUUUCAUGUUUAUUCAAAUUCAUGUUCAAAAAGCUUUAAUGUGCCAGUGUUUGGAGUUCCUUUGCAAUUUUGAGUUAAGCUGUUAAUUAAAUUGUAUUAAUGGCUUUUAAAUGCCUACUAUUUAAAGUGACCCGAGUAGAGGAAAGUCUGCAGCAGUAAUUAAGGCUAUAGGCAUUUGUUUGUUUUGUGCCCUUUGGCACAAAAGGCAAAUGGAGGUUAGGUUUGGGCAUGUCGUGUGUGCAUGUUGGAGUUCAGCAUGUGAAGAGUUGGAGAGAGGUUGCAGGGUGAAGUUGUGCAUAUGUGGAGGGCCUGGUGGGGGUCCUGAUGGGGAUUGGCUUGUUAAGAACCACCUCCUCCUCUAAUGACAAGGAUGAUGAUGAAAACAGGGAGAACAGACCUGGGAAAGUGCCAGGGCUCAAACAGAAAACAGGACAAGGAAGCCUUUCUGUCAUUCUGCAUGAAAAAUAGAACCAGCAUGAAAAGAGUUACUAAAUAUUGCUUCUAUUACUUGUAUAUUGUAUUUCAUAUUAGACAUUGGGGACUAAGAAGCAAGCAUGCAGGGUGAUUUGCUUUCUGUUGUAUGUAAUUGUGCUCUGCUCAAGGUGUCCUUUACAGAUUUCCAAGGUGUGCUUUUGCUAUGUUAUUUGACCUAGUUGAUUUCAGUGCUGUAGAUGAUUGCAGAGGUGAAUUAAUUGUCUAUUGUAAGUAUAAUUUAAGCUCAGAAUUGAUUGUUACAAUUUCUGAGUAAGCUGUAGAGAUUUAUUAUUAGACUUUGCUUAUUAUGUUUUUAACAACUAAUACUAAUUUGAUGAGUAGAAUUUCAUUGUAUGCUUGUUGCUCUGUAACUUCCUUUGAUGCUAUAGUUUGAGAAAUGUCAACUUUUUUAUAGGGUUGUCUUUUUUUUUUACACCACCAUUGUUUGUAAUUUUUCUUAGAAGUCUGAAAAAUAAAAUUAUUUUCCAACU